UUAAUCUUAAAAAAUCAAUCUGCGCAGUGAAUAAGCCAGUGCUUCCUGUGAUUGGACUAUCAUUGUUUUGCUUAGAUUUUUAUUAGGUUAUAAAAAUAUGACAAUUUCAAGCACUACGUUCUAAAAUUUGAAAUUCACUCUCUGUAUCAAAUGAUCUCUCAUCUAUUGAAUACCCAAUUUAUGAUUUAAAAGAAAAAAUGUCGACAACUAUUCCCUUAGGAAGUCUCUUGAAUAAGAUAAAAUAUCCUUUCCUAAAUUAUUCUCCUGGAUUUGUUCCUCGGUAUCUUUGUUCAGUUAUCAUUCUUGCCUUUAAAUCUUAUCCCUGAAUCUGAAUCUGAAUGCCUUCAUGUUCAUCCGAUCACCAUAGCCACCUAAAAAUUCUCUACGAAUUUAGCACAACUUUCCUCAAUCACAAAACUUACAGAUACUCAGAAGUCAAAACAAUAAUUCACAGGGAAUUGAAAAUUCCCACAAACUCAUCUCCUUCUUACUGCUAUCCAAAACCAUAUCUUCCACUUCCCGAUUCUCAGAAUAUUUGCUCCCAUAGAUAUUAGAAGGAGAUGCAAGAGGGAGUAUAUUUGAUUUAUUGAAGAAUUUAGCAUAUCAGAAGACAUGGGAUUCUUUCAAGUUGGCUUGGGAGUUAACCCCCUUAUCCAACGAGGCCACCACAACCCCUUUUCUUUGAAGGAUCAAUAAGGCAAAGUUCGUGAGGACAGGGGAAAACCGGGGGAUUUUGUGAAGCCACUGAUGUAUUUGGAUGGGACAAUGAAACAUGCACAUCAGACAGAGAUAAGACACAGGUCAAAGAGAUUGUUAUGGGACAUGUGGCAGAUUGAAUUCUGGGAAUUGCAGAAGGACCACUUGUAACCAUAUUAGAAGAAUUGAAUGUGGGCACAUGGAGCUGAAGAAUCAUCGAUUUGCAUUGCCUUUUUGGGGCUUAUAAAUGGGAUCGAACUGUUUUCAGGUCUUAUGUGUCUGAAAUCUUCACGUGGGUCUGCUCCAUCUCUUUCUGUUUCUGUCUGCAUAUUAUCUUUUUGUUUGUCUGACUGGAAAAUCUUAUCGAGUUCUCUCUUCUUUUGUUUUUAUUUUUCCUUUUUAUGUAUAUAGGUGUGGGCCGUUAAGAGAUAACUAUCAGGUCUAGGGAGUAGUUUUGUUCGUUAGCUGCCAGAGAAAGUUCCCAGUGUUAGUACUAUGGAAAGCAAGAAGCUGCAAGUUGCUACGUCUUCCUCUUCAAGUUUGGAUCAUAUUUUUGGUCCCAUGGACUCAAAUUCAGCUUCUUCAACAUCCACCACUGGAUAUUUUGGCUCUAUGUUCCCGCCACCGGUGGUAGAGAGAGAGAGAAAAAAGGAUGUUGGAAAUCAAGUUAGCACUGCUGAAGUUGGGAAUCCAGAUAAUGCUACUAUAAAUGGAAAAAAAGGAACUGGUGAUGCAAGUGGGAAAGAUGAAAGCUCCAUGUAUCAGAAUGAAACUAUGGAACCUAGUUACUUUAGUUCUUCCAUCUUUUAUGGCGGCCAAGAAAAUUACUCCCCAAGAACCAACGCCUCACAGUCCCAUCCUAAUUUUAAGAAAGAAGGAAAAGACAAUGAUGCAAAUGAAAGUAAUUCAAACCCUGCUUCAAGAGGAAACUGGUGGAAAGGCUCUCUUUAUUACUAACGCUCCACCUAUAUGAUGGGAUUUGUCACCUGCACAGAUCAUCAUAUUGAUUUCAGGCAAUCAUUGAUGUAUUUUUCACCAUGGAUUUGGAAAAUAGAUGAUGUACUUUUGCUCUGUUCCUAUCCCAUCAUCCCAGCUUACUAACAUUCAGUUAUUUGAUUAUGUUCUAGGAUUUGGUGACAGUAUUAUCUACAUUAUAUUAUCAUUUACAAGCUUAGCUACCAUAGUAUAAUAGUAAUAAAGAAGUAGAGUUGGAAGAGGUCUACAAGAUUUUGAUCAAAGAAUGAAGCUUGUAUGGUUCACUUUGUUCUGUGUUAGUCAAGUUUGACUAGUCUUAUGUUUCAAAGCUGAAGAGUGUUGAUGUAGAUUUCUUCUGGAAGUGGAACUCUUUUAAUAUAUCCAUCUUAGUUUGUUCUUGUUA